CGAGGGGGGCCGAGGGGGGGUAGGAAGGGAAGGGAUGGGAAAGUAAGGGAUACAAGGGCGGCGCAGGCUGAUAAACAACUUGAGGUAUGUAAUAUGUCAGACCUUGAGCGCAGUUUUACAUUUGCUGCUAGACUUAUUACAAGUUUAUCCUUAUGACUUUUAUCCUGAUUCCCGGCUCCUUACUAUACCAAGAAAGCCUGGUUAAGACCCGACUGAGUGUAUCACCAUGGCUAAUACGACAUCAACGGAGAAAGUCGAAAACAUCGCCGUGGCUAACGGCAUCACGAUGGAGAAGUUAGACUGUGCCGUUGUUGGUGCUGGAUGGUUCGGUUUAGCUGCCGCGAAACAGUUUCACUGUACACAGCCAGAAUGUUCGCUCGCCGUGUUCGACUCACAGUCCAACCUGGGCGGCACAUGGGCCGAUGAGCGCCUGUAUCCGGGGUUAAAAAGCAAUAAUCAGUUAGGAACCUUCGAAUAUCCUGACUUCCCCAUGGACACGCCCACAUUCGGCGUUAAGCCCAAGGAACACAUGUCGGGUGAGGUCAUAAACAACUACCUUAAGGCAUACGCGGCCAGGUUCGGUAUCACCAGUUUGAUUCGCUUGAACACCAAAGUCAUUGUCGCAGAGCACCAGGAGACUGUCGAGGGCGGAUGGAUCCUAACCAUCGCACCCCUCAACCAAGCCCCAACUAGAGUGUUUGCGCGCCGAGUCAUCUUCGCCACGGGAACCACCUCGGAAGCCUUCUUACCACAUUUUGAGGGCCAAGAGAGCUUCGGCGGCAGAAUAUUCCACGGGAAGGACUUCAAGCAAAACAGCGAUACGCUGCAGACGGCGAAGAGAGUAACCGUCUUCGGUGGCACCAAGUUUGCUUGGGAUGCCGUGUAUGCGUACGCCACCGCCGGCGUCAAGGUGGACUGGGUUAUUCGAUCUUCUGGCCACGGCCCGUGCUGGAUUGCCCCCUCAUACGUUACGCCACUCAAAAAGUGGAUUGAGAAGCUUGCAAAUAUGCGUUUCUUGACUUGGUUCAGCCCUUGCGCGUGGGGCGAUGUCGACGGUUAUAGUCGCAUCCGGAGUUUCUACCACGAGACCGCGGUAGGACGGACUAUCGUCAACUCAUUCUGGAAAGUGUUGGGAGGGGACGUCCUAAAUCUCAACGAUUACGAUUCUCACCCCAAGACCGCCAAACUAAAACCCUGGACAGAAGCCAUGUUCACGGGUGCCAGCUUCAGCAUCUUGAACUACGACACCGACAUCAUGGAGCUCAUCAAGAGCGACAACGUAGAUGUUUACGUCAGCGAAAUCGACCAUCUCAGCCCCGGCAAGGUUCAUUUGUCUGACGGCACGGAAUUCGAGUCUGAUGCCCUUCUAGCCCACACGGGCUGGAAGCACGUCCCGCCUAUCAAGUUCUUACCCGAAGGUAUUGAAACCGAGCUUGGCAUCCCCCACACCCCAAACGAUGGCGCGCCAGCCACCGACCUCGCCAACGACCCCGCCAUGAUCGAUCGAGCUGACAAGGAGAUCUUGAAACGCUUCCCCCGGCUCAAGGACCCUCCCGUGUGGAACAAGAAUUAUAUCCCCAUGACGGAGCAAAAGGGCAUCAUGAGUGAUGACGAGGUGACCCCCUACACGCCCCUGACCCCGUACAUGCUACACCACUUCAUCGUGCCACCGUCGGAGCGGUUCCUCAAACGUCGCGACACGGCCUUCAUCGGCAUCGUGUCCAACUUCAGCAACAUGAUCAUGGCCCACCUUCAAGGCCUGUGGAUCAGCGCGUACUUCGCCGGUAAGCUAGAGCGCGACCCGUCGAUGGCCGUAGGCGACGAGCAGGCGAUGGAUCAGCUGCGGUACGAGACGAUGCUGUACUGUCGGUUUGGGAAAUGGCGCUACCCGACGGAGGGGACCAAGCGUCCCAACUUCAUCUUCGACGCCGUGCCUUACCUGGACCUGCUACAGCGGGACCUGGGGCUGGAGAUAUGGCGCAAGAAGGGGUUCUUGGCCGAGCUCUACGAAGCGUACGGCCCCGAGGACUACCGCGACGUGAAUAACGAGUGGCUGAGGAAGUACGGCGACAUGAAGAAGAUGGAGUCCCUGAACGACAGCUCCAAGUCGCUGAGUCCGGUCGACACGCACCAGAACUGAACUGAACUGAAGCAACCAAAGCAAAUGCAAAUGCUUUGGAACGGAAAAGUUUUUAAUGUCUCAAUAUUUAUCAUUCUUCACGAAGCGAGCGAGCGUAUGUAUUGCAAAAAAAUAAAUCAAAUUUGUUCUGUUCUUGUACUUCUAUCUAGGUUAGGUAGGUAGGUAGGUAUAUGGGCAGCAGGGACGGAGUUCUCUUCAACACGAUGUAUUACAGGCACUAUUGGCUUGGUCUACUUUCGUUAUUCCCUUUGGCUUUUCUUUUCUUUUUCUUUUUCCGGGGUAUUUUUUCUUUUUUGGCUUCAUCACGAAAAAUUUCUUGCCGGCAAGUCAAGUCAGCCUUGUCAUUUCUCUUGGGGGUUUUUUACAUGUACAGUCCUCAUAGGGCAACGUUCUUUUUCUUCCCGUGUGUAGAAAUUAGAAUAUGAUACCCAUCAACCCAUGAGCCGGCACGAUAUUAUGUAGAUGAGGCUUAGGGCAUGCGUAAUACGAUCAAAAUAUGAGACAUUGGACCGAAAUCUUACUAUGUGCGUGCGGAUGCCUAGUAUCCC